AUGUCUCAGCAGCCGAGUUAUAUAACCGACGACUGUAUCAAAGAAUGGAAGAAUGGAAACUAUAGCUUCAAACUUCCAAACCAAGUCCCAAUGCUCCGUUUUCUCUAUGAACUUUGUUGGACUAUGGUCCGUGGAGAAUUACCGUUUCAGAAGUGUAAAACGGUUUUGGAGUCAGUGGAGUUUUUGGAUGGAGGUUCAGAGGAAGAAAUGGGUUCAACUUUCGCGGAUAUUAUUACCCAAAUGGCACUAGAUCAUACGAUUGUCGGAGAUUAUCGCACUCGUCUCAUUAAAUUGCAUACGAUUGUCGGAGAUUAUCGCACUCGUCUCAUUAAAUUGGCAAAAUGGCUGGUGGAAUCUACCUUGGUUCCACUCAGGCUUUUUCAAGAGCGCUGUGAGGAAGAAUUCUUGUGGGAGUCAGAGAUGAUCAAGAUAAAGGCCGCAGAUUUGAAGUCAAAAGAGGUCAGAGUAAACACUCGCCUUCUUUAUCAACAAACCAAAUUUAAUCUUCUUCGGGAAGAGAGUGAGGGCUAUGCCAAGCUGGUUACCGUCCUCUGUCGGGGUUCCGAAGCUUCUGCCAAGAAUGCAUCGGCAGCUACAGUCGGCAUAAUUAAGUCUUUAAUUGGACAUUUUGAUCUGGAUCCAAACCGUGUUUUUGAUAUUGUUCUGGAGUGUUUUGAACUUCAGCCUGGUAACGAUGUCUUUUUGGACCUGAUUCCCAUUUUCCCCAAGUCUCAUGCUUCACAAAUUCUUGCAUUCAAGUUUCAAUAUUAUCAACGCAUGGAAGUCAGUCGUCCAGUACCUUUUGGGCUCUAUCAGCUUACUGCUUUACUGGUGAAGAAAGACUUCAUUGAUCUUGAUAGCAUAAGAGUAUUCUCCUGCCCCAUCCCGACAUGCCCAAGACAGGCUAUACCUUCCCCAAUACGCGUAGACAUUUGCAAACCUGUUUCCAGCACGGCUAGUAUUUUGCUUUACACAAUCAAACCCUGGCAGAUCUGA